AUGGCAGAGGCCCCUCCGUUGCAAAAACCAGUCCACCAUUUAGGGAUUCAUGAAAUGGUGCCACAUGAAGCAUCAAUUACACUCUUGGUUCGACAUCUCCCAGAGGCAAUUCCACAUGAUACCCUCGCCAGACUCUUCUCUCACUAUGGCGCCUCUUCUGUUCGCCCCUGCACUUACGGAAGGCGUAGGUAUCACAAAUUGCACUCUUUUGUUCGUCUUCAAGUGCAGCCCCCAUCAACCUCCAUUUCUGCGAUGGGACCCAUGAAUCUUCUUAUUUAUACCAGAAAUAAUGCUGAGGGUCCACCUUCUCCAGGGUACUACCCUAGUUCAAGAAUUGGCUCAAUAGGGUUCAACCAAGGAUAUAGCAAUCGCUGGGGUCCUCAGCACCAAAGACUUGACCAGGGCGAACUCACUAUUUGGCUUGACAGUACCUCAGGAAGUGGUUUCAAAUCUCUUAAUUCUUAUAAAUCCGGUUAUUUUGGAACGGCGAUGAAGCUCCAAUCAGGCUAUACUGCAGGAGUGAUUACAUCAUUCUAUCUUUCGAACAAUGAAGAUUAUCCAGGGAACCAUGAUGAGAUAGACAUUGAGUUCCUUGGAACCACAGAAGACAAGCCUUAUACUUUGCAGACAAAUGUUUAUGUAAGAGGAAGUGGAGAUGGAAAUAUCAUAGGAAGAGAGAUGAGAUUUCAUCUUUGGUUCGACCCUACUCAAGAUUUCCACAAUUAUGCGAUUUUGUGGAACCCCACAGAGAUCAUAUUUUUUGUCGAUGAUGUGCCAAUUAGAAGGUACCAGAGAAAAAGUGAUGCCACAUUCCCUACAAGAAAUAUGUGGGUGUACGGAUCAAUAUGGGAUGCCUCCUCAUGGGCCACUGAGAAUGGAAAAUACAAAGCCGACUACAGUCAUCAACCCUUUGUAGGACGGUACAAAAAUUUCAAGAUAUCCGGCUGUGAAGCAAAUGGCCCUGCCUCAUGCCGCCCUCAGUCAGGUUCACCAUCUGGCUCUAGUGGGCUGAGCAGCCAGCAGAAUGAGGCCAUGGCGUGGGUGCAACAAAAUCACAAGGUCUAUGACUAUUGUCACGAUCCAACUAGAGACCAUACUCAAACACCAGAGUGCUAA